AUGGAUUGCAGUCACUAUCAGAAUGCGGCCGAUCUUCACAUCGGUUUGACGGACUCCAAGGGAGACGUCUAUGAGUUUGACAAAUACGGUCUGCGGUCGGGCACCGGGAACUCGUCGUGGAAC